AUGUCUGCACCGCCACUGAGUCACGUGACCGCUCAUAAACCCUACGUGCAUACAUGUGUAUUUAUUAUGUGCAUUUCGCACCAUAACCCCACAAUCAACAUACUGUGCAUGCACAUUCCCCAACUCUCCUCAACCCCUCCUCCUCUCGCCGAACCGCGCGAAGCCAUGUCGAGCCCACAAAACGGAUCAUCCCUAGCGCACAUGCCCCUCGAGAUACAACAGAAUAUCUUCUUUCGACUAGACAUGACCGACUUAUGCAAUCUGCGGAGAACAUGUCGCGCGAUUGAAAACAGCCUCUACGACGACUUUUUUGACGAGAUCUGCCGAGAGAUACACGUCGUCUGCCAUCCUGUCAGCAUGGAUAGAUUUCGAGCAAUGGCGAGCGUUCCAAAAUUGGCUGAAAAGAUACAAGCGGUGCAUAUAUCUACGCACGUCCUACGGGGUCGUGACGCUGUAGAAGCGCAUGCGCAAGAGUAUGCGGAUAUGUGCUGGGCGGAAGCAAACGCUGUGAAUUCCGACAGAUUUGGAGCCAAUACUUUUACCUCGGCUUUCCUUCGAUCGUUCCAUUGUUUAUUGGGUUUACCCAAUCUUCGAAACCUGGUCAUCUCAGAUCUUCCAGACCCAUGGGCAGAACUACAAACUGGACUAUCGCCACCGAAGCCACUUGGUCGCAAAGCCAUACUCGCUAGUACAGGCCACGAUAUUUUGGAUGAUACUGACCAUAUUCCUUCCCCAGCUUUCUACUGGACACUCCGACGAUUCGUGAUGGCUCAAGCUCUUCGCCUUACGAGACACAUUCCGGAUGGGCAUGAUGUCACCUUGGAUGUGGCCAUCAAGGUCCAGCAUGGAAUCCAGUGGACAGAAACUGAGAUGGAUAAUUCCUUGCCACCCCAAUUUGCCACGGAAUGGACUUUAGCCUGUCAUCGCGUUCGCCGCUUCACGAUCGACUAUUCACAAGCCGUCCAACCCCGGCUCGGCAGUAUGAUGGGCACUGGCGACGCAGUUUUUCAUGUAAACCAACGCAAUACUAAUGAUUGGAUUAUGGGGCCAGAUUUAAGUCCUAGCAUUCUAUCCAUUCAAGGUUUAUCCAGAAAUGCAGUCGGUUCAUGGACAUUCAGCUUGAAAUCAUUCACACAAUGGAAAAACAAUGUCAAGAAGCUGAGGGUUCAUAAUGCCAAAACCUUACCGCAUUUCAUGUGUGGGUUACUGGAGCACUAUAAGGAAUGCACAGUCCUGGAGCUUACAGAAGUACUAUUCUAUUCUUGGCGAUUGGGUCCACCCGCAUGGAGAACCACUCUCAGUCAUCUGGGAGGAAUGCAAGAGUUAAGUUCUCUGCGACUGUCUAAGAUAGGCUAUAGCACGUUGAAAGGACCACGCCAUGACCUGUUGAGACUCCAGGCGAAGUUCUUCCCUAGUCAAUCGUCGCACUUCAUCGCGAAAGCCGAGCCAUGGCUUGGGAAGGAGAAAAUACUGGAUGUAAUGAACAAGAUCCGUCUUGACCAUCCUCCCCAAAGAACUUUCUUGUUUCAACGCCCUGACGGAAAACUAAAAUGGUAUGUGGAAGUUGGUGAUCUUGCUUGAAGAGUCUAGGUACCUCAACUAUGCAAUUACAUAAUAAUUGCGAAUCGAUAUCGAGGAUGACAAAGCCGAUCAUGCCUUGGAUGGUAGGAGGUUGGCAUAAUGCAAAACCAGACUGUCCGCUUCAGUUAGCUUCGUCUGUUGAAAUUGCGCGUGUGGAGAUGAAUACGGUCCUCAUGGCGAUGAGACAUUGUGUGUGGAUACUGUACGUAUGCGCUGUGUGAAGCGAAAAGAUAUAUCCACUGAGCAAGGCUCAUGCAAGUACCAAUGGAAAUGUAUACGAUAUGUUCCUUGAAUAUAUGAAUGAUCUCCAUUUUGUUGUGUUCAAUAUCCAUACUCAGUCCUCCGGUGCUCAGUACAUGUGCUAUGUUCAGCGUAUUGGAUGCGACCGGUGGCGAUCGACGGGAUCUAGCACACCAGUGAUACCACAAUACAAAGAUACUAAAAAAUCUACAUUGAAAUGGCCGCACGAUGAUGUAUUGUGAGAAGUGAAC